UGGGCUUGGGAGUCCCCGCUAAUCGUCGGGCCCAGGUAGGGCUGUGCUCGACACGAGGGUGGAGGCGGCUGGGGCCGGGCAUGCCCUGCGGCGUCUGGCCUCCGGAUGCCUGACUGUGCCACGCUGGCCCGCGGCCCCCGCCAGGCGGCUUAGUGACCCUUUGGCAGCGUAUCCCAGUGUUCGCGCCUCCAGCCGCACCCGCACCCGCACCCGCAAGCAGGGUUCGGUCCAGGUGCUCAAGGCUCCAGCCAGUAGUCUAAGCCACACUUUAGGGCCCUUAAACACCCAUUUGGGUUUGGUUUUGUUUGUUUGUUUUUUUCCAAUGCAGCUGAGGGACACGAGUAAUUUGAAGCAGUUUGUCUCUGGGAAGACCUAAAAAUUUGUACUUAAGCAAAGGUGGACACUAAGUUGGACACAUAAGUGGGUUCUGAUUCCAGCACUCCUGCAACAUAUUUGUCUUUAAAUUCUUUUAAAAUCUGGAAAACAUAUACUUAGUUUUAAAUGAGGGCGGGCAAGAACCUGCUUUUAAAACUGUAGUAUAAAAAUGUAACUUUUUAUUCUAAGUGCUUGUCUUAUUUUUAUACCAAUUAAGAAGACAAUAUUUACAUUGCAUGAAAGGCCUUUAAAAAAUGUGGCUCUAUUUGCUCUAAGUGCCUAUUAUGUAAAGUCUGUUUUGUACCUAGACAUUCUUAUGGUCGAAAAAGAGACAGGUGGAAGAUGCUGAUAUAUGUUUUUAACACGUAUUACAUCUGUAGUUUGCUUUUUAACUGGGGAAGUGGGAGUGAAUGUUUAAGUCACAUGUGAUUCAGAAUCUUCUGCAUGUGAGGAGGACUGGUGAGCAGAUGUUUGUGUGACAUCCCUAAACAAAAGCCAAACUUCAUCAUCUGGGCAGGUUGGACUUUAAAAAUGAUUGGAUCUUUGUUCAACUCCCAACCCUACCACUUAUUACUGACUUUACUAUGCCUCAGUUUCCACAUCAACAGCAAGGGAUAAAUAAUAAUGAUUUUGAGAGAGUGUAGUGGAUUUUGCAUGUCACAGGAUUAAAUAAGGCAUUUUUUUACAUCUGUUAAAACUUCCCUGUAAUUCACUUUUCCUCAGUUCCAUAUUACGAAUUAUACCAAAUUGAAAGAUAUGAAUGAAUAUCCUAAAAAAAGAAAAAGGAAAACUUUACACCCUUCUCGCUAUUCAGAUUCCUCUGGAGUAAGCAGGAUUGCAGAUGGAUUCAAUGGAAUUUUUUCUGAUCAUUGUUAUAGUGUCUGUUCUAUGAGACAACCAGACUUAAAAUACUUUGACAACAAAGAUGAUGAUUCCGAUACAGAGACGUCAAAUGACUUGCCAAAAUUUACAGAUGGAAUCAAGGCCAGAAACAGAAAUCAGAACUAUCUGGUCCCCAGUCCCGUACUUAGGAUUCUAGACCACACUGCCUUCUCUACAGAUAAAUCUGCUGAUGUUGAAAUUUGCGAUGAGGAGUGUGAUUCACCUGAAUCAGUCAACCAGCAAACACAAGAAGAGAGCCCUAUAGAAGUUCACACUGCUGAAGAUGUUCCGAUUGCUGCAGAAGUACAUGCAAUUUCUGAAGAUUAUGAUAUAGAGACCGAAAACAAUUCCUCUGAGAGUCUCCAAGACCAAACUGAUGAAGAGCCGCCAGCUAAACUUUGCAAAAUCCUUGACAAGAGCCAAGCUCUGAAUGUGACUGCCCAGCAGAAAUGGCCUUUACUGAGAGCGAAUAGCAGUGGCCUCUAUAAAUGUGAACUUUGCGAGUUCAACAGCAAAUAUUUUUCUGAUUUAAAGCAGCAUAUGAUCCUGAAGCAUAAGCGUACUGAUUCAAAUGUGUGUCGAGUAUGCAAGGAAAGUUUCUCUACCAACGUGCUCCUGAUCGAACAUGCCAAACUGCACGAAGAGGACCCCUACAUUUGUAAAUACUGUGAUUACAAGACGGUCAUUUUUGAGAACCUCAGCCAGCACAUUGCAGACACCCAUUUUAGUGACCACCUUUACUGGUGUGAGCAGUGCGAUGUACAGUUCUCCUCAAGCAGUGAGCUCUACCUGCAUUUCCAGGAGCACAGCUGUGACGAACAGUACUUGUGUCAGUUCUGUGAACAUGAAACAAAUGAUCCGGAAGACUUGCAUAGCCAUGUGGUAAAUGAACAUGCAUGUAAAUUAAUAGAGUUAAGUGACAAGUAUAACAAUGGAGAACAUGGACAGUACAGCCUCUUGAGCAAAAUUACCUUUGACAAAUGUAAAAACUUCUUUGUAUGUCAAGUAUGUGGUUUUCGGAGUAGACUUCAUACAAAUGUUAACAGGCAUGUUGCUAUUGAACAUACUAAAAUUUUUCCUCACGUUUGUGAUGACUGUGGCAAAGGCUUUUCAAGUAUGCUAGAAUAUUGCAAACAUUUAAAUUCACACUUAUCUGAAGGGAUUUAUUUAUGUCAAUACUGUGAAUAUUCAACAGGACAAAUUGAAGAUCUUAAAAUUCAUCUAGACUUCAAGCAUUCGGCUGACUUACCUCAUAAAUGUAGUGACUGCUUGAUGAGGUUUGGAAAUGAAAGGGAAUUAUUAAGUCACAUUCCAGUCCAUGAGACAACCUGAUUAUCCUCUUUAACUUCCAUAAUGCUAAUGUAAAAUAAUAAAUACAACUUUUUUGGAGAUGUUAAGAUGGGUGAUUUUAAACAAUCUA